GGGGUGGGCGGCCGAUGCGGAAAUGCUUCAAAGGACAUCAGAAGAUUUUCUUCCAAAGAUGGAAAGUUCAGUUGAAGCAAUGGAUACCUCUGAUACCCAGUGGGGCUGGUUUUAUUUGGCUGAGUGUGGUAAAUGGCAUAUGUUUCAGAGCGAUUCAAACAGUCAUUGCUCUGUUAGCAGUGAAGAUAUUGAAAGGAGCUUCCAAACAAACCCACAUGGUUCUGUUUCUUUUACUACUGCGAAAUUUAACUACACACUAGACUUUUCAGUGAUGAAACAAACCAACCUAACGACCCUUAAGCAACGUCCAAUAAAGCGAGCUCCCUUUUCUAUCAGUGCUUUCAGUUUCAUCUGUGAAAAUGAGGCUAUCCCUAUGCCAUCACACUGGGAGAAUGUAAAUACCGAGGAACCAUACCAGCUUAUUCCAUUGCAAAAGAAAACAAAUGAAUAUAAUGAAGUUUCUAGUCUCUUUGGAAAAACAAUGGAUAGCCACCGAAUUAAAAGAAUUAAGAGAAUACAAAAUCUAGACUUGUGGGAGUUUUUUUGCAGGAAAAAAGCACAGCUAAAGAAGAAAAGAGGUAUCCCAAUUAUUAACGAGCAGAUGUUAUUUCAUGGCACCAGUAAUGAAUUUGUAGAAGCAAUAUGCAUUCAUAACUUUGACUGGAGAAUAAAUGGGAUGCAUGCUGCUGUAUAUGGAAAAGGGACCUAUUUUGCAAGAGAUGCAUCAUAUUCCAGUCGUUUCUGCAAAGAGGACAUGAAGCAUGGAGAUACUUUCCAAAUACAUGGUGUGAAUCUGCAGCCUCAUCUGCAUAGACCAGAUAAAGUUAUGUUUCUUGCUCGUGUAUUAACUGGUGACUAUAUCAAUGGUGAUUCAAAAUACAUGAGGCCUCCUUCAAAAGAUGGAAGUUUUGUGAACUUGUAUGACAGCUGUGUGGAUAAUACCUGGAACCCAAAGAUCUUUGUUAUCUUUGAUGCCAAUCAGAUCUACCCUGAGUACUUAAUUGAAUUUUGUUAAACUUGAAAGGAGCUGAACUGAAUGUUGUUUGUGUCUUUUUUGAUACUUCUGUUUCUUUUCUAAAGACAACAAGACAAAAACAUGAAGCGUAAAAGGAGAGAGGUGAAAGAAAAGCUGCAUAUGUUUAUGGAGGAGGGAAGCUAUUUAAGAGAGAUUGUUGAACUGUUUUAAAGAAAUGUAAACUUUACUAAUGCAUUUUUCCAAUGUAGGGAUUAUGACGAAUUUAAGAUUGCUUAGUGAGCCUUAAAUAUAUUGGGCAUUGAUAAGUUUUCAAAGGCAAGAUUUAUGUUCUGAUUUUUUUAAUAUAUUACAAGUAUUUAUUCACGUGGUAGAAAUAUGCCUGUAAUAUAGUAUGCAUAAGAUGAAAUUAAUUUUUUUAUAAAGAUUGUCUGUAGAACACAAAAAUAACAAAAACAACGACGAAAAACAAACCCAGGGGACUUGGCUACAUAUGUGUGUAUGUCUGUGUUCUGUAGUACACGUUGCUUUGUGUUUGGAGGUCUCUUAGUUAGGUUUUUUCUGUAGGUUUAGAAUCCAUUCUGGAGAAAACUGAUGAAGGAGCUAUAAAGUUCACCAGAGCUGUUAUUUUUAACUUUAGGUACAUUUUACUGUAAGCUUCAGUUAUAUACUUGCAAAGAUUUAAUCUUAUAUUUGCAAGAUUACAAAACCCUUACACUAGGAUUUGGACUUUGGUUUUGAUGGAGAUGAGGCACAUAAGCUUUUGUGGUUGUUAAUUGUUUGGUAUGUAGCAGUUGAACUCAAUGUUGAGAUACCAGCAGUGCCAUACACCUUUCCAAGUUCUUAUUCUAUAGAAUUUUUACCUUGUUAUAGUAUGUAUGUGCGUGUACUUACAUUGAUACUGCUGUGCUUCUUGCCUGGUCAGAGUUUAAGAAGCACUUGGUGUUUGUGCACUUUUUAUUACUGAAGGCAAUAUUUAGAUUAACUUGACUGGAAAUAAUACAGUUAAACUAACAAUGAAAACUUCAAAAGAUGCCAUCCUUUAAUUUUUAAACACUUUAAUAGAAGGCUUUCGAUAACACUUGUGUAGAACAGGUUUGCAUAACAGGCAUUGUUGUAAAGGUUUUUUUC